AUGUCUGAUGCAUACCCAGAAUAUAUUUUAGAAUUUAGCAUCGAGAUUUCAGAUUUCGAGCCUAUUUGCCCUAGAUGUCAUAUACCUCUACCUGAUACCAUGCCAAAACGAAAUAAUGGUGUUAUAAACAUGCAGAAUAAUGAUGAUUGGUGCUUUGGAUGGUGCGUACUAGGGGCCUUGCACCCAGUUAAAAAUCAUCCAGAAAGAAAUCCGCACCGGAUAUAUGCUAAUUAUGUAGAGGAGCUAAACAUGGAGGGCAUUCCAGUUCCUGUGCCAGUCUCAACGCCAGUAUACCAAAAAUUUGAAGAAAAUAAUCCUGAAAUAAGCCUAUGUGUGUAUAAAUGGUCCAACGAAAAUAAGCGUCUUGAGUUCCAGUAUAUAACAGAAAGAAGAGGCGCGGAAUUUAAGGAGGUUAAUCUUCUGGUUAUCUCAGAGCCUGAUGAAAUAGAAAACCCGCGCUCACACUAUUGUAUUAUAAAAGAUAUCCAUAGACUAGUUUAUAACCAUAGUAAGCACAAAGAGCGGAAAUACCUUUGCCGAUAUUGUCUUCAUGUUUAUUCUAGAGAAAAAGGGUUUAAUGAGCAUAAAUGUUCAGGAUUAAAUGAAGCACCACAGGAGCCGAAAGUUCCAAAAUUAGAAAAGAGCACCAAGGCAUUCUAUAACCAUAAAUGCAUGCAAGCCAAUCCAUACCGAAUAUUUUGGGACCUCGAAUGCUUAACUACGGAGCUAACCCCCGAAGAGAAUGCCCAAUUAACCCGUACUGAAAAAAUUCAGCGUCAUAUACCCUGUGGAUAUAGUUAUGUAGUUGUCCGCAUGGACAGUUCCCUCAAUUAUGAAAUUAUAAGCCAUGAUUUAUAUAGAGGGCCAGAUGCCAUGGAAAAAUUUGUAGAUAAAUUGGAAAUAGAGCUAGCAGAAAUCCAAACAGAUUUAUCUGCACCAGCAGAAAUAAUCAUGGAGCCUGGUGACUAUACAAGACAUAGAAGGGCAACAGAAUGCUGGAUAUGCAAGAAAGAAUUUCCAAAUCAAAAUAUACUCAAAACAAUGGUUUGUUGCCCUAAUACAGGAAAUUAUAAAGGAGCAUCACAUCAGGGAUGUAAGCGAAAAAACGAAAUAAUUGGUCCAAAAUGGUAUCAACAGCCUAGUAUUCUAGAUAAUGGAAAAUACAAAGAAACUUACA